UGCAGUAUCACUGCUGCUGCUGCUGCUGCUGCUGGGUGAGUGUGCAAGCCGUGCCGAGGUGAAGAUGAAGCGCUCCCUGGGGAUCUGUCUGGUGAUCUGCUCCGCUCUGAUCGGACUGGGAUCGGCCAUCCGGUGUUACAGCUGUAAGGACUACACAGCCAGCUGCACCAAACAACGAGAGUGUAGCUAUGACGACGCCUGUCUCACACUCACCGAGAGAGGUGGAAUGACUUACCGUCAGUGUCUGAAGUACUCAGACUGUGAGUACGGCCGACUGUCCCAAAUGUUCCCCCAGGUCUCCAGUUUCACCUUCAAGUGCUGCAACUCAGAUCUGUGUAACUCCGCCCCCUCCUCUGCAUCGAUGUCUGUGAUUGGUCUUCUGGCCUCAGCGGCAGUCAUGUGGUGGUGUGUCCACUGAAGAGCCGCCCUGUGGCCGAAACAUGUAACAACAGCUUCUCUAACAGUCGAUCAAAGAUCAAUACAUCCAGUCACCUAAUCAAUACACCCAGUCAUCUGAUCAAUAUCUAUCUGUAAAGACAGAUUCAGGUGCUGAUCGAUCGAUCAUUAGAAGCUUUAACUGAUCAUUUAUACACUGUAAAGAAUCUACUGAUCAGGUUAAUUUGAUCGAUCAAUAAGACGUUUCCAUGGUAACACAGCUGUUGACAGGAAGCUGCCCCUCUAACCACAGACCCUUUCAAAAUAAAGUGUAACUGAAAACGAUCUGAAGUUGCUUCAUUAACUGUCAGUUUAAUCAAUAAACAGUGACGAACCCUA